ACGUAGUAAUAAUAACGAGCUAGCACCACUAUCACAUCGCAAAACUAAUAAACGAUAAAACAGGUCUUGGGCCAGCGAGAUCAGUACCAUUGAUGGCGUUGUAGUGAGUGAAUCGAGCAAUAUUAUGAAACGACCGUUUACUGAUGGGCAAUGUUUUUACGGGACGAAUACGAAGACAAAGUGAUAGUGUUACGUUAGAAACACUUGGGUCUCCAACUGGUAGUGACAGAUCUACUAGAAGUAUGGCGCCAGUGUUGUUUGCUAACGUCGUGUAUGCCGGUGUGCCCACCAAAAUCAAUGCAAAAGUGACUGAAAAAAAUCCAACAUGGUGGAAGAGGCGAACAAGCAUGGAAAGGUGUUUGACACUUAUCACUGCAAUAGUUUUUAUCAUAGGAAUCUCUCUAAUUGUUGCAUUGGCAACUGUUUUAUAUAAUAGGAAUAAGGAAGUGGCAAAUUCACAUUUUACUGCAGAAGCACUACAAGGACAAAAGACUUAUAUUAUCACAGCACCAGAUGAAGAAGCAUCUCAACAGAAAUUAUGUCUCAGUCCAGGAUGUGUACACACAGCAUCCAAGGUUUUGGAAUAUAUGGACCAGUCAGUCGAUCCCUGUGAUGAUUUUUACCAGUUCACUUGUGGUAAUUUUUUGAAGAAAACCAGCAUUCCUGACGAUAAAUCGUCAGUCACCUCAUUCAGUAUUAUAAGCGACACUCUACAAGAACAGCUGAGGUCAAUGAUUGAAGAGCCCAUACAACCAAAUGAGCCUAAACCAUUCAAAUUGACAAAGAAACUAUACAGGGCGUGUAUGAACAAAACCUUAAUUGAACAAGAAGGAUUAACUACAAUUCAUUCGAUUUUGAGUGAUCUUGGUGGAUGGCCAGUAUUGGAAGGACUACAAUGGAAUGAAGGAGACUUCGACUGGAGAGAAUCCGUUUACAAGUUUAGAAAACUCGGUUACAGCGUAGAUUACUUCAUCGACUUUUCAGUGGGCAUCGAUGUUAAAAAUUCAACCAAAAGAGUAAUAGAUCUCGAUCAAGCAUCACUGGGUCUCAGAAGGGAAUUUUUGACCAAAGGAUUGGAAGAUAAGUUAGUAAAAGCUUACUACGAUUAUAUGGUUGAUAUUGCAGUACUAUUUGGUGCUGAGAAAGACAGAGCAAUUAAUGAGUUAAAGGAAUCUCUUGAUUUUGAAAUCAAAUUAGCAAAUAUAUCUCUACCAAGUGAAAAAAGAAGAAACGCCACAGCUUUAUACAAUCCAAUGACAGUAGAAGAAUUACAAUACAAGUUCCCAAGCAUUCCUUGGGCCGAAUAUAUCAACACUCUUUUGGCGCCUGACACUCAAGUUGGCCACCAUGAGAUAAUUGUUGUUAGUGUACCAAAGUAUAUCUCAGACUUCGAAGCUCUUAUCGCUAGAACACCCAAACGAGUUCAGGCUAAUUACGUUAUGUGGAGAGCAGCAGCUUCAUCUGUUUCUUACUUAAACGAUGCCCUUAGAAAGAGACAACUAGACUACACCACAAUUGUCACAGGAAGAACAGAAAGAGAAGCCAGAUGGAAAGAAUGUAUCGACAUUUCUGCUGGAAGUUUAUCAAUAGCAUCAGGCGCUCUAUACGUUCGAAAAUAUUUUAAUGAGGAAGCAAGACAAAACGCUAAGGAGAUGGUGGCUGAUAUUAGAACAGAAUUCGAAAACAUUUUAAAAACAGUGGAUUGGAUGGAUGAGGAAACCAGAAAAAAUGCCUUGGACAAAGCUAAGUCUAUGUCUACACAUAUCGCUUAUCCGGAUGAGUUGUUAGAUAACAGAAAGUUGGAAGAGUUUUACAAUGACUUGGAACUUGAUGAACGCCAAUAUUUACGAUCAAUCCUCAACUUGACACUGUUUGGAACGAAGAUUUCAUUUCAAAGAUUGCGCCAACCAGUUAACAAAACCGACUGGAUUACUCACGGACGUCCAGCUGUUGUUAACGCCUUUUACUCAGCUAUAGAAAACAGUAUUCAAUUCCCUGCCGGCAUUCUCCAAGGUGUAUUCUUCAACGCCGAUAGGCCACGAUACAUGAAUUACGGCGCUAUCGGUUUUGUGAUUGGCCACGAAAUCACUCACGGAUUCGACGAUCAAGGAAGACAGUUCGACAAAGAAGGAAAUCUAGUGGACUGGUGGCAACCAGAAACGAAGAAAGCAUUUGUGGAGAAAGCUCAAUGUAUCAUCGACCAAUACGGAAAUUACACUGUACCCGAGCUAAAGUUACACCUGAACGGCGUGAAUACCCAGGGCGAGAAUAUCGCCGACAACGGUGGAAUAAAACAGGCCUACUUGGCCUACAGGAACUGGAUCGGUAGGAAUGGCGAGGAGGCCUCCUUGCCGGGCAUCAAAUACAACGGGCGCCAGAUGUUCUGGAUCUCGGCCGCGAGCAUCUGGUGCUCGCUCACCAGAGACGAGGAACUAAGGCAGUUGGUGGUGACCGAUGAGCACGCGCCCGAUAAAUACAGGGUUAUCGUACCUCUGAGCAACAUGAAGUACUUCUCGGAGGAUUUCCGUUGCCCGAUUGGCUCGAAAAUGAACCCAGUCAAGAAAUGCCAAGUGUGGUAGAGAGUGUGAGCUUGGUGUGAGUGGAUGCGUUUGACUGAGUUGUGUGCGAGAUUUUAGGAAAUAUUAUUAAAAUUAACCGAUAAGGUAUUGUUUGUGUGUUAUAUAUGUUUUAUGUGGAAGAUAGCUAACGAUUUCCCACAGGCACACCUACUUUCUUGGUAGUUUCAGUUUUGCUUGACGGGAUGUGGCUUCUGUGGCUGAAAAUCCUUUUUGCUGUUCUAUGGGACUACAGCAAAAUAAAACACUAAUUCACCACCAAGACCAAAACACUUUACUUCUAAACACUGGACGCGCAUUUCGCUAACCACGUUAGCAUCAAUAACAAAUGAUUAAAACUAAAAAAUCUACUGUUAGUAUUAAUCAUCUGCUGAUAAUGCUAACAUGGGUAGGGAAACGGGCGUCCAAUGUUUAAAAGUAAUUUUUUUUUACGCUAACGAGCUCAAUCCUCGAAUGGUUUUUAAUAAUUCAAUGAGUAGGUCAGUAGGUGCUUUACAAGGGGCGAUUAUUCAGGUUAUUUGGUGAGAUAAAAAGUCACUGUAAACAUAAACUACAUAUUCCUUAAUAGUAAUACAUUUAUGAGAAAACAAUACUGGUUCUAAUUAUAUACAGAAUUACAUACAGAGAGUCAAAUUUGAUGUUAACUGUCUCUAUUUUGGUAAAAUCAUCUAUUCUUCAAUGGUAUAAUUGAUUUCUAAAAUGUACCAUAAUAAAAUUAACCAACCUUGUUAUAAACCAAAAAGUAAUACAAAUAUGUCCAGUAACUCGCAGACAUAUUUUUUUAUGGCAGGAAAACGGAUUUUGGCAAAAAUGUACUUUUACUCGACAGUGUUAUCCAUUGAGUAUCAAUUGCCAAACCAAACCAAACUACCAGAAAAGUACGUAUGUCUGUAAGGACUCUUCGUGUGUUAUUUUUAAUUUUAAUUCACCAGUAACCUGAGAUACCAUAUGAUUUGAAAUAAAUAUAAUAGUAGGGAAUUUGCAUAAAACAGCACUAGAAAAUUGUAUUAUAUAUCAUGAGUAGAAUAUUUUACAAAUAAAACAUGUCUUAUGUGCAACGUGUUAUACAUGUUAAAGAGUGUUACAAAAUUUAAACCCUGUGGUUAAACCGUUUAUUUUAUGAAAAUGACGUCAUACUUACAAGAUAAAAUUAAAAAUUAAAUGUAUUAA